UUUCAGCAAAGCGUUCGUGUCGUUUGAUUGUGAACUCAUUUUGUGCUCAAAAAUUUUCUCCUCUUAAAAAAUUUAUUUUUUGUGAGAAAAAAGUGCGUUAAAGUAAUUAAAAAGAGUGAAAAGGAGUGUUUAAAUACUGACUGAGUGUUGUGGUGUGGCACGCCUAAAUCACCAAGAUGAGUUACAUGCCAGCGCAAAAUCGUACAAUGUCGCAUAACAACCAAUAUAAUCCCCCUGACCUUCCGCCGAUGGUCUCAUCCAAGGAGCAGACGUUAAUGUGGCAGCAGAAUUCGUACCUCGGCGAUUCUGGUAUUCAUUCCGGUGCAGUUACACAAGUGCCGUCAUUGUCGGGCAAAGAGGAUGAGGAAAUGGAGGGCGAUCCACUUAUGUUCGAUUUGGAUACAGGAUUUCCACAGAAUUUUACACAGGAUCAAGUGGAUGAUAUGAAUCAACAAUUGAGCCAGACGCGUUCACAACGUGUACGUGCCGCAAUGUUCCCUGAGACUUUGGAAGAGGGCAUAGAAAUACCUUCGACUCAGUUCGAUCCACAGCAACCAACUGCUGUGCAGCGUUUAUCAGAACCAUCACAAAUGUUAAAACAUGCCGUAGUAAAUCUGAUCAACUACCAAGAUGAUGCUGAGUUGGCCACACGUGCCAUACCCGAAUUGAUAAAGUUGUUGAACGAUGAAGACCAGGUGGUUGUUUCGCAGGCCGCCAUGAUGGUCCAUCAACUGUCAAAGAAAGAGGCUUCUCGCCAUGCAAUCAUGAACAGUCCCCAAAUGGUGGCUGCUCUUGUGCGCGCUAUUUCCAAUAGUAACGACUUGGAGAGCACUAAGGCUGCAGUAGGCACUCUACACAAUUUGUCACAUCAUCGCCAGGGCCUGUUGGCAAUUUUCAAAAGCGGUGGCAUUCCAGCUUUGGUGAAGUUGCUCUCUUCGCCCGUUGAAAGUGUGUUAUUUUAUGCCAUAACCACAUUGCAUAAUUUGCUGUUGCAUCAAGAUGGUUCGAAAAUGGCUGUACGCUUGGCAGGUGGCCUCCAGAAAAUGGUCACCUUGUUGCAACGCAAUAAUGUCAAAUUUUUGGCCAUCGUUACUGACUGCCUACAGAUUUUGGCCUAUGGAAAUCAAGAGAGUAAAUUGAUAAUACUGGCUUCGGGUGGUCCCAAUGAAUUGGUACGAAUAAUGCGUUCAUAUGACUAUGAGAAGUUGCUUUGGACUACUUCGCGUGUGCUGAAGGUGCUCUCGGUAUGCUCCAGCAAUAAGCCAGCCAUUGUUGAUGCUGGCGGCAUGCAAGCUUUGGCUAUGCAUUUGGCCAAUCCCUCUCCACGCCUGGUGCAGAAUUGUUUGUGGACAUUACGCAAUCUUUCGGACGCUGCUACCAAGGUUGAUGGUCUCGAACCAUUACUGCAAUCCUUAGUCCAAGUAUUAGCUUCAACAGACGUUAACGUCGUAACCUGUGCUGCUGGCAUUCUCUCGAAUUUAACUUGCAACAAUCAACGCAACAAAGCCACUGUUUGCCAAGUUGGUGGCGUCGAUGCACUUGUACGCACUAUCAUAAACGCCGGUGAUCGCGAAGAGAUUACCGAACCCGCAGUGUGCGCACUGCGCCACUUGACUUCACGUCACGUUGACUCGGAAUCUGCACAAAAUGCUGUGCGUCUCAACUAUGGGUUGUCGGUGAUUGUAAAGCUCUUACAUCCUCCAUCACGUUGGCCGCUAAUCAAGGCCGUCAUUGGUUUGAUACGCAACUUGGCCUUGUGUUCGGCCAAUCAUGCACCACUGCGUGAACAUGGUGCCAUACAUAAUUUGGUGCGUCUGCUGAUGCGUGCAUUCCAGGACACCGAACGUCAACGUUCUUCUGUUGCCACAACCGGAUCUCAACAGCCAUCUGCUUACGCCGACGGCGUACGUAUGGAAGAGAUUGUCGAAGGCACUGUUGGUGCUCUACAUAUAUUAGCACGUGAAUCACACAAUCGCGCUUUGAUUCGCCAACAAUCAGUUAUACCAAUAUUUGUACGCCUACUUUUCAACGAAAUCGAAAAUAUACAGCGCGUUGCCGCUGGGGUACUUUGUGAGUUGGCCGCCGAUAAAGAGGGCGCCGAAAUGAUCGAGCAAGAGGGUGCCACUGGUCCGCUGACCGAUCUAUUGCACUCACGCAACGAAGGUGUUGCAACGUAUGCAGCAGCUGUACUCUUUCGUAUGAGUGAAGACAAGCCGCAAGAUUAUAAGAAACGUCUUUCUAUUGAAUUAACUAAUUCAUUGUUGCGAGAAGACAACAACAUGUGGGGCAAUGCCGAUCUAGGCAUGGGUCCGGAUUUACAGGAUAUGCUUGGACCCGAACAAGCAUAUGAGGGUUUAUAUGGGCAAGGCCCGCCGAGUGUACACAGCUCACAUGGAGGUCGAGCAUUCCAACAAGGAUAUGAUACUUUACCAAUAGAUUCGAUGCAAGGCUUGGAGAUUAGCAGCCCAGUUGGAGGCGGUGGCGGCGGUGGCAACAGUGUACCACCAAGUGGCGCACCAACGUCGCCAUAUUCAAUGGAUAUGGAUGUAGGUGAGAUCGACGCUGGGGCCUUGAACUUUGACUUGGAUGCAAUGCCGACACCACCAAAUGACAACAACAACUUGGCCGCUUGGUAUGACACUGACUGUUAGACUGAGUAGGUGGUGAAAGGAAAUACUUACGCAGAUUUAUGAUUUGUAUGACAAGUAUGCUUGACAUUAUUUCGCACAGCUUUUGGCUGAGAUGAAAUGAUUUGUUUUUAACCAGCUUUUGCUUUACAGUGUUUACUUUUGAAUACAUACAAAAAUACAGGAAAUACUUACAAAACAAAAACAAAAAACAACAACAAAAGUAAAUCAUUCAUUAUCAACAACAACACAUGUAUGAGAACAUUUAUGUAUGUAAGAUAUGCUACAUAUACAACAACAAUUUGUGGCAUAAGCAAUUGUGCCGGAUUAUCAAAUAUAUCUACAUAUAUUAAUAAUUCGUGUCUAACUGUGUCAAAAGUAAACAAAAACAAAAACAAAAGCAAUUAUACCAAACUUGUUACGAAUUAAAAAUAAAUCUUAAGAGAGAGGUUGGCGUUCGAUUAGCGUAGGCGGCCGCAAAAUGAUAAGAAACAAAAUAUCAAACAAAAAUAUUUUUAAAAACAAAAUUCUUUAACACAGCGCAUUUUUAGCAACAACAAAAAAAUCAAAUAUUUUGUGUUCUCGUUCGAUCAUGAGUUUUAUCCUUUAUUUACGAUAGUAUUAAGUUUUUUCCUUUUACAUAUUUACCUAUUUACAUUUUAUAAAUUUAACUUUUUAUUAAAUCACACAUUUUUCCGCAUAGAAAAGAGCCUGCCUGCAUUUCUUAUUUUUACGUAAACUAAGUAUGGUGAUUUUGAACAGGGUAAACUUCAUUUUUAUGAUAGAUCGGGAAGAUUUAAAAUUGAAAAAUAUACGAAAAAUUACGAAAAAUACAAAUAUUAAAAGAACUCAUUCACAAGUCCUGCAAAAAAUGCAGUAAGACAAUUACAAAAGAGCAUCCAAACUUAAGUCUAAAAUUUAAAGUACUACACACAAAUUUGAAUGAAAUAAACUAGUUUAACUUAAACUUUACUUUAUUCAAAUUUGUGUGCCUGAUUUGACUUUUUGUUUUUGUCAUACAAAUCAUAAAUCUGCGUAUGGAUGCCUUCAUCAUACGCGGUGUUUUUUCAUGCAAACAUACACAUCAUAAUUAAGUAAUAAGUGCAACAUAAUGCGCGAUUUGAAUAAAAAUGUGAAAGCUUUCACAUUUUAUUGAA